AGACGCUCACCGGCGGAGGACGACAACAUGGCGGCCUCCUUGCGUCUGGGUCGUCAAGGGGUUUUAUUUGGUUUUAGAUUAUCUAGUACUUUUGAUAGAUGUUUAUUGGCCACGCAUCCAUGUCAGGGUAAUGUCAGACACUUCUUUCGAUCACCAUGGAUCCUUGGUGUCAGCCCAUUCAAAGUGGAAAUGCCUGCACUCUCACCCACCAUGGAGGAGGGAAGCAUAGUUAAAUGGCUGAAAAGGGAAGGUGAGGCAGUGGCAGCAGGUGAUGCCCUUUGUGAGAUUGAGACUGACAAGGCUGUUGUUACCAUGGAAUCUAAUGAGGAUGGUAUCAUGGCAAAGAUAUUGAUGGAAGAGGGAAGUCGAAACGUGCGCCUGGGCACUCUCAUUGCCCUCAUGGUGGAGGACGGGCAGGACUGGAAGCAGGUUGAGAUCCCCCCUCCAGAUGCUGCAGGUCCACCUUCUACAGCCGCUGGCCUAGUUGGGCCCCCUGCUGCUCCCUCUCCAGCCCGGCCCCUAAAACCAGUCGGGUCGGGACCGUUACGGCUGAGUCCAGCAGCAAGACAUAUCCUCGACACCCAUGGAGUGGACGCCAAAUUGGCCACACCCACUGGACGAAGAGGACUUAUCACCAAGGAAGACGCAUUGAACCUCUUGAAGAAAUCUCCUGUCCCCAAACCAACUCGAGCCACGGUUGCCCCGGCCCCCCCGAGGCCCGUCCCGCCCCUCGCAUCUACGCCCCCGCCCUCAGGCAGCAGACCCAACAUACCCCCUCUCUCUGUACCGGGGAAACCAGGAGCACCGGGCACUUUCACAGAGAUCCCAGCCUCGAAUGUUCGCCGUGUGAUUGCUCAGAGACUGACGCAGUCGAAGACCACCAUCCCCCACGCGUACGCCUCAGUGGACUGUGACAUGGCCGCCGUCAUGCACCUCCGCAAAAGCUUGGCCAAAGAACAGAUCAAAGUCUCAGUUAAUGAUUUUAUUAUCAAAGCAGCUGCUGUUACACUUAAAGAGAUGCCAGAAGUUAAUGUGACCUGGUCUGGCGAUGGACCCCGUUCACUUGCUUCAAUCCACAUUUCAGUUGCAGUGGCAACGGACAAAGGCCUCAUCACCCCCAUCAUCAAGGAUGCUGCUGACAAAGGAGUCCAGGAGAUCUCAGCCAAUGUGAAGGCACUCGCCCAGAAGGCUCGAGAUGGGAAACUUCUACCAGAGGAGUACCAGGGAGGCUCAUUUAGUAUUUCAAACCUGGGGAUGUUCGGUAUCAGUGGCUUCAGCGCGGUGAUCAACCCGCCUCAGGCCUGCAUCCUGGCCAUCGGCACCUCGCGGUCCGAACUGCGGCUUUGCGAGGACGACCAGACGCUGUGCACCCAGCAGCUGAUGACGGUCACGCUGUCCAGUGACGGACGGCUGGUGGAUGACGAAUUGGCUUCGCGGUUUCUAGAUAAAUUCCGCGGCAACUUAGAACAACCGCAGCGCAUGGUCCUUGCAUGAAAAGCCAAAUCAGAUGGCUGUAUGAAAACGGAGCAAGAAACGGCUACAUGUCUCUAUCGUCCUUUCACAAAGUGGAUUCCCGCUUGUGUUUCGAUUAAGGCUUACUCAAGUACACUGGUGCAUAGUAUAAACUCGUUUUUUGUGGCUUGCCUGUGACGGAUAAUCAGCAGGCUUCGUGAUGGAGCAGUUAAUCCGGGCUCCUGCUCCAGAGGAAGGCGAUACGUGGCAGUGUUGCCAAAUAUAAGACAUGGGAUUUGUGGCAGGAUGCGUCUCACAUAAUGUUAUGGUGGUGUUUGUAUUAUCACACCAUAUAUGAAGUGACAAUUCCACUUUACUUUGUUUUUCAGUCCCAGUCCAUCUAGUCUGUGUCACUAUGUAAAAAAAAUAAAUUAAAAAAAGCUAUUUAUCAUUGAAGAUGUAGCAGUGCCGUUUCCAAUGAGGGUCAACCACGUAAACCACUUCCUGUUACAAAAUUCAACUCAUGACUGUUCAUGUUAAUACACUUUAACCUAUUUAACAGAUCCUGUGUGACCCCUGACAACGAAUCUCCUAAAUCCAUGUGUAUACAAAAUAGAUCAAAUCAUUUAAGUUUUGGUUUCCAUAUGUCAAUAAAACACAUUUUCCAACCAUGAAA